AAAGAUUAAAAAUCAGUUAUUUACAAUAGUAUUAUCACGUAUUAUGAUCAGUAUCGUUGAUAGUGAAAACGUAAAAUAUUUAUAUAGAACUCAUUCAGACGUUCCGUGUGCAGUAAAACUGUCGAGAUUGGUCGAGUGCUGUCACCCACGUGUUUGUCCAUGAUUGUUGUAAAUCUGUAAUCGUAAAAAGAAUUGCUGUUAUUUACUCUUUUAAAGUCUUACACGCUCUGAGAAUGAUUAAUUCUUUAUGAAUUAUUCUACUUAUCAACAAUGAAGAAGAAAGAUUUCAAUUGGAAAUUGAAAAACGCCGCAAAUGUGGAAAUCGAUAAUUCCCCCACCAAUGAGAUUGUCAUAGACAUCGACCAUCGUGCUGACAAAUACAACAGUUGCAAUGCUCUUGUUCUAUUCACCGAGAAGAGAAAAACAAAAAGUAUAAAUAAAAAUGUACCUGCUACUAAGUUCUUAUCGAAAAAACGUAGGAAACAACUGGAAAAAGUGGUGGAACGGAAAAAGAAGAAAUUACAAAGUGCACAAUUGCUGGAAGAACUUGCAAAAGUACAAGUGCCUGCAACUGAAUUACAACAGUAUAUGAGCUUUACGUCUCUGCAAAAUAAAGGUUUGAAGCGGUAUUUUCAGGAACAAGAAGCACCCGAGUCAAAAUUGAAGCGCAAGGUGCUUGAAGAGGAAAGUGAUACGGAAGUAGUUGUGAAUUCUAUCAAAGGAAGCAAAAAGAAGAGAUUAGCUGUUCUGGACAAUGCAAAACAAACUGUGUCCGAUCCAAAUGUGAUUGGGUUUGAAGAAUCUGAUGAUAGUGACAGUGAAAAUAAUACAGACGACAAGAAUGAAGCACGUGUUUCCGAGAGUGUUGCUACUUCUGAAAUUGCGGUAAAUAAAAAAAAGGAUGAAGGUGAUGAUAUGACAAAAGAUGGCGGGGAUAAAACUACUCGAGAUAACACUCAGGAAAAUGUGAGGAAAGAUGAUGAGAACAGUUCAACGAAUGAUGCGAAAGAUCAAACAAUUUCGAGCAAAGUUGAGAAAUGUAAGGAACAAACGAAGAAGAAGGCGCAACAGCAAAGUGCCAUCGCUCACACACCCGCCGUCUUUGUGCUCCUGAACAGAAAGCCAGAAAUACAGGCUGCUAGAUUGAAACUGCCUGUAGUUGCGGAAGAACAAGUAAUUGUUGAAAAUAUAAAUGAGAAUCCAAUAGUCAUUAUUACAGGAGAGACGGGCAGCGGAAAGACCACGCAAGUGCCGCAAUUCCUCUACGAAGCCGGAUACGCUCGGGAUAAAUUGAUCGGAAUAACCGAACCGCGAAGAGUGGCGGCGAUGUCGAUGAGCAAGCGUGUAGCCGAGGAAAUGAACCUCACCGAGAAGGAGGUCUCUUAUUUGAUUCGUUUCGAGGGCAACGUUACGGAGGAUACGAAAAUCAAGUUUAUGACCGACGGUGUUUUACUGAAGGAGAUUCAGAGUGACUUUCUCUUGAGCAAGUAUUCUGUGAUUAUAUUGGACGAGGCGCAUGAGCGCAGCGUGUACACGGAUAUCCUGAUCGGGCUGCUGUCGAGGAUCGUCUCGCUCCGCGACAAGCGGAACAGCUCUUUGAAGCUAAUAAUCAUGUCCGCCACAUUGCGCGUCGAGGAAUUUGUGGAGAACGCGAGGUUGUUCAAGGUAAAGCCACCGGUGAUCACGGUCGAGGCACGACAGUUUCCUGUCGAUAUACACUUCAACAGGCGGACAAGCGAGGAUUACGUGGACGAUGCGUUGCGCAAAGCGAUCAAGAUUCACACUCGGCUGCCGGACGGCGGCAUUCUGGUGUUCCUAACAGGUCAGCAGGAAGUGCACACGGUCGUGCGUAAGUUGCGCAAAGCGUUUCCAUUGAGGAAAGCCCGAGUUAAGCAGACAGACUCCUCGGAUAUGAGUGAAUGUGCCUCAAAAGAAGCAGCGGAUGAGGAACAAUGCGAAGAGGAUUUCGACGACAAGGAGGCGUUACGUCGGAACAAACUGAGGCGGAAGGAACAGCUUCCAAAUAUUAAUCUCGACAACUAUUCCGUGAUUCCCACCGAUGAUACACACGAAGAUCUAAUUGAUGUAGAAAAUGACGAGGAUAACUUAGACGAAGAUGAGGAUGAGGAUGAAGACGUAAUCGAUUUCAAGGGACUGACGAACGCACAACCUCUGUGGGUCUUGCCGCUUUACUCUCUUUUACCUGGCCACAAACAAGCCAAGGUGUUUGAACCGCCACCGGAAGGAUAUCGUUUGUGCGUGGUGUGCACGAACGUAGCGGAAACCUCACUGACAAUUCCCAAUAUCAAGUACGUGGUGGACAGCGGGCGUUGUAAGACCAGGGUGUACGAUAAGGUGACCGGUGUGAGCACAUACCGGAUCUGCUAUGUCAGCAAAGCGGCGGCCAGUCAGCGUGCCGGCAGAGCCGGCAGAACCGGACCUGGCCAUUGUUACAGAUUAUACUCGUCGGCUGUGUACAACAACCAGUUCGAGGAGUACAGUCCGUCGGAGAUUCAGAGGAAGCCGGUGGACGACUUGUUGCUGCAGAUGAAGGCGAUGAACAUCGACAAGGUCGUGAAUUUCCCGUUCCCCACGCCGCCGGAUAUCGCGCAGUUGAAAUAUGCGGAAAAGCGGCUCACGAUACUCGGAGCGCUGCAGCAACCUCCGAAAAAGCAGGAAGAGACUUACUGCGCAAAGGUGACACCGCUGGGACGCAGCAUUGCGGCAUUCCCGGUCGCCCCGCGUUAUGGCAAAAUGCUGGCAUUGUCGCACCAGCAUAACUUACUAAAGUACACGAUAUGCAUGGUGGCAGCUCUGAGUGUUCAAGAAGUGCUGAUAGAGGCGCUUGGUGGUCCGGCUAAGAGCAAGUGGCUGCAGAUCCGUCGUUACUGGGCCGGUGCCGGUAACAGUUUGCUUCUCGGUGACGUAAUGGUUCUGAUAAAAGCCAUCGGGGCCGCAGAGUACGAAGGAUCUAAGGGAAAGCUGCUUUUCUUCUGCGAGCAGAAUGGUCUGCGGCACAAGGCUGUGGUGGAGAUCAGGAAGCUCCGGCAGCAGCUGACCAAUGAAAUUAACUUAAAUAUGCCCGAGCUAAAUUUGAGCAUCGAUCCAAGAAUGCCGCCGCCGACCGACGUGAAGACUAUGUUACUGCGCCAGAUAGUGCUCGCAGGAAUGGCGGAUCAAGUCGCGAAGAAAGUAUUGCCCGACGAAGUGAAGGAGGACCAGGACAAGUCCAAGUGGAAGUACGCCUACAGAACAUCGGAAAUGGAGGAUCCAGUAUUCAUGCACUCCUCGUGCGUCCUACGGAAGACCAGUCCGGAGUGGGUGGUCUAUCAGGAGGUGUACGAGACAAACAAGAUAUACAUGCGAGGAGUCACGGCGAUACAACCCGAAUGGUUGCCGAAAUUCGCGCCGUCUCUGUGUCGCCUCAGCGAACCAUUGACCGAUCCACCGCCGAGGUACGAGCGGAAGACCGGAAAGGUCAUGUGUCGCGUAACCGGUACAUUCGGCAGAGCCAGCUGGACACUUCCACCUAUGGACAUAGAGCACCCGCUGACGGUGGACGGCGUGAAGUGGUUCGUGUAUUUCCUCUUGGAGGGUCAAGUGUGUCCCAAGUUGAAAAGAUUCGUGCCAUCGCUGCUGACGACGCCCAUCAGCGUCACCAAGUUGUGGUCCAAACUGGUACCGCGCAUCCAGGCGAUAACUCAAGAGCUGAUGACACACGGAAUCAUGACCAAGGAAAAACUGCUGGAAACUUGGGCUUCGGACAAGCAAUUUUUGCUGUCGUCCUACAAGAAGUGGCUUCCGGAUUAUGUACACGCAGAAGUAGCGCUCGUGUGGCCGCCCCUAUAACGAGAAGCGCGAUGUUAAAAUUGUAAAAAUACACCGAGUUCCCAAUGUACAAAGUUUUCUACAAUAAAAUAAAAUAUUA